UAUUGUUCAUUUCAGUAUAAGGUUCAGCAACGUUCAGAGCUCUUCCAAAUUUUAUACAAAUUUUUCUCGUGCUUUUUUUUACAUCCAAAAUAUUUUGUAACUUUUGCAACAUUUUCUAAAAAUUCGUUGAAAGAAAGGAAAACGGUAUAUUAUCAGUGCUACAAUAACGCGAAUCCUUUGACCAGCGCAAGAUCCAAAUCCAAAUCCAAAUCCAGACUUUGCUUCCAUCCCAAACUAAAUCCAACCCAAGCCAACCAUGUAUUCGGGCAACCGACGAUCCCAGAGCGCCCACCCCCCGUCGACGAGUCGCGCAGCCCGGAAUCUCGAUGCUGCCUCCUUGGCGGCCAACUUCCUGGACAAGAACUCGCGGCCCAACUUCCGUGUCAUCCGCACGGUGAUACCCCUGGAGCUGCCCAUCUUCGAGCGCGCACCCGUGCUGAUUACCAUGUUGAAGGCGCAGAUAGCCCGUCGCAAGCAGUUCCUCGAGUCGUCCAAUACCCUGGGCGACACUAUGCUGAAGCGGGUGAACGGCAGACGCGAUGCGGUCUUCUUCAUGCAGAGCACUGCGAUGGGCGAACUGAAGCAGUCCAUCUACGAGCUGACCAGUCUGCUGAAUCAACUGGAGCUGGUGUACGAGCCGGUGGCCUAUGGCAAGUUAUCCGUGCAGGCCCAACAGGCCGACAAGCGGGGCCAGAUGACCGAGAACCUGCUCCACGGACGCAAUGAGCAGCUGGAGCGCCAUGUCGAGCAGGCCACCACCACCGGUGUCCGUGAGCCGCCCAACGAUGCCCGUCGCCGUCUGGCCGAGAAGGAUGAAGCUAGCAAGGCUCUGGGCGUUUGGCGUUCCCAAUAGAACCGGCAUAUCGCAUCACAAACUCGAACUCGGCUAUAACACACGGCUAUAUCGCAAAACUAUGACAACUAUUAUUCAAUAUGGUCCCUGGCAUAUUUGGCUGUGAACCCAACGUGACCAUUUGGCUGAUCUGUGAUGUUUGCCUUGGUUUUGGAAACGUAUACACACAUCUAAUUGGUUAACUUCCUGGACUGGAACAUAAAUUGUAUUCAUACUGAUACUACUACAGCCCCCAAUACCUUCCAUUUCAACCUUCAAAUUAAUCAAGUGCACCGCAGGACUAGCGUAGCAAUAAAAGAUGAAAAUAAUCUAGUAAA